CCAUGGAAACGAUUGAAAAACUGAUGGAAACUUUUUACGGAGAAGUUUACUGGUCCAGUUUAGAGAAUUAUGAUGAAGUAAUGAGCCAGAUAGUCGGCUUUAAAGAAUUCAAACAAGAAUUAAGAAAUCAAAUUGAAGUAGCCGAACGAAGGAAAAAGAGAGGUCGAAAACCACCCCAAAUUUUUUAUGUUUUAUUAGGCAAACCAGGAGUGGGUAAAUCAGAGAUUUGUCAACGAUUAGCCAAGGCUUUAAAAAGACCAAUCCUAAUAAUAAAUGUCGGAGGUAUGGAACAUGUUUCCGAAUUAGAAGGCAAAGCCCCUUCUUAUUCAGCAGCCAAUUACGGAAAAAUCACGAGUGCUUAUGUGGAUAGUAGUGUUUUAAUUAAGUAUAAUGUUAAAGAUUUAGAAAAGGAGGUUAAGAAAAUGAAAGACCGAGAUAUUAGUGAAGCCCUGAUUUUACUAACAGCCAAUUAUUUAAGUGCUGUUCCUGAUUUUGUGAAAGAUAGAUGUAAACCUGUCAAUAUUGAACUCUUAACUUAUCAGCAAAGAUUAGAAGUAUUAAGAUUUAUGGUCGAGGAAAUGGUUGUGGAAAACGAUAUUGAAGACUUAAAGCCAUUAAUUAGUGAUAAUUUUUUAAAAAUGUGUAUUACCGAAACUUGGGGAAUAAGGGGAGGAAUUAAUAAUUUAGUGGCUACGAUGGACUUUUUAGAACUAAUGGAAGUGAGAAAGGUGGCUAAUGAGUUUACUGAUUUGGCUGAUUAUGACGAUUAUUGA